AUGUUGGCUGCUUCAAAUGUAUUGCUUGAUUUAGCUGGAUCUACACUUAAGAAAUCGAAUGCUGAUAGACAUCCCAAUUACAGAGUAGACAACAUAGAUGAUGAGAGAAUCCUUAUUGAUCCCAGUGACAGUAGUUUCAAAACUGUUGAUUUUGGAGGAAUUUUAAACUUCAUUAUCUGUGCCCUUACUGGACAUAGUAUUGAUUGCCAAAUUUUGUUACAGUUGAUAGACAGGAGAUCAGAGUCCACAUCUAUUUCAUCAGAUGGUGAUAUUUCUGAUAGUAUAUGGUCUCUCGGAUCCUUUGGAAGGAAAUAUGCGGAGGUUCUCUCUAAUUCUAAAGCUGAUUCUGCUAUUAGCUCGGAAUGUGCAAAGUCUGAUAUUCCUCAGAAGGUGUUGGAAUCUUUGUUUAACUUUCCCAAAAGCACUGAACAUAACACAGAUACCAUGAAUUGGAGAAAUGUAGUAAAGAAAAUUCAGUCGUUGGGGCCUGGGUUCAAUGUUUCCCCACAUGUUGCAGAAUCUCAGCAACGUACUUAUGCUAAGGGAGAUGAAUAUCAUGUGUUCAGGGAAGAUUCAAAGCAGCAGUGGAAUGCGGUGAAAUCUUAUUAUACGAAGGCAGCAACAGCGUACACCAAAGGGAAUGGAGCUUAUGCUGCAUAUCUUUCUGACCAGACACUAAGGGUUAUCACUGGAUGUGGAUCUCAUGGUUUUGGAAAGUCUAAGCUGAAACAAUCAGUUAUAGACCUUUUGGAGAGAGAAGCAAUUGAAUGGAGGGAAGAGAACCGCGGAACUGUGUUGAUUAAGCUCAACCAACGGACAGAGUAUAGCUUCCUGGACAGCAACAGUGACAGUGAUAGUAAUGAUUGA